AUGCCUGAAUCAACUCAAAAAGUACUAGAAAAUGCUCAUCUAUUAAACAUCAAACCUAUUCCUCAACCUAAAAAUAAUCGUAAAAGACCAGGUGAUCCUUAUAUUAAAGAUAUAAAUGAAUAUGAACAAUUAUAUAAUCAAUCUAUUAAAGACCCUGAAAAUUUUUUUGGUAAUUUAGCAAAAGAACAUUUAGAUUGGAUUAAACCUUUUGAUAAGGCUAAAUACCCAAAUGAUAACUCUGGUUUUACAAAUAAUGAUGUUGCUUCAUGGUUUGUUGGUGGUCAAUUGAAUGCUUCUUAUAAUGCUGUUGAUAGACAUGCUUUCAAGAAUCCAAAUAAACCUGCAAUUAUUUAUGAAGCUGAUGAACCAAAUGAAGGUCGUAUCAUCACUUAUGGUGAAUUAUUAAAAGAAGUUUCGAGAGUUGCAGCUAUUUUACAUGGUCUUGGUGUGGAAAAGGGUGAUUCUGUUGCUGUUUAUUUACCAAUGAUUCCAGAAGCUAUCAUUACUUUAUUAGCUAUUGUUCGUAUUGGUGCUUUACAUUCUGUUGUUUUUGCAGGUUUUAGUUCUGCUUCAUUAAAAGAUCGUAUUAAUGAUGCGAGUUCCAAGAUUGUUAUAACUGCAGAUGAAUCUAAAAGAGGUUCUAAGACUAUUGAAACUAAGAAAAUCGUUGAUGAAGCUUUGAAAAAUUGUCCUCAAGUUUCAAAUGUCCUUGUUUUCAAAAGAACUGGUAAUCAUGUUCCAUUUGAUUCCAAAAGAGAUAUUUGGUGGCAUGAAGAAAUUAAAAAAUAUGGUCCUUAUUUCCCUCCAACUCCUGUUAAUUCUGAAGAUCCAUUAUUCUUGUUAUAUACUUCAGGCUCUACAGGUUCACCAAAGGGUAUUCAACAUUCAACUGCUGGUUAUUUAUUAAAUGCUUUAAUUACAUUAAAAUAUAAUUUUGAUUUCCAUCCAGAAGAUAAAUUCUUCACUGCUGGUGAUAUUGGUUGGAUCACUGGUCAUACUUAUGUUGUUUAUGGUCCUUUAUUAAAUGGUGGUACAACUGUUGUUUUUGAAGGUACUCCAGCUUAUCCUUCAUUUUCUCGUUAUUGGCAAAUUAUUGAUGAAUAUAAAGUUAAUCAAUUUUAUGUUGCUCCAACUGCCCUAAGAUUAUUGAAAAGAGCUGGUGAUUCUUAUAUUGAAGGUUAUGAUUUAACUUCAUUAAGAACUCUUGGUUCUGUAGGGGAACCAAUUGCUGCUGAAGUUUGGGAAUGGUAUUAUGAAAAAAUUGGUAAAUCUGAAAUUCCAAUUUUAGAUACUUGGUGGAUGACUGAAUCUGGUUCUCAUUUAAUUUCUGGUAUAACUGGUGUAACUCCAUUAAAACCUGGUUCUGCUUCAUUACCAUUUUUCGGUGUUGAACCAUUAAUUUUGGAUCCAACAUCUGGUGAAGAAUUAAAAGGUCCAAAUGUCGAAGGUAUUUUGGUUAUAAAAUCUCCUUGGCCAUCAAUUGCAAGAUCAAUUUGGAAAAAUUAUGAUCGUUUCCAAGAAACUUAUUUAAAACCUUAUCCUGGUUAUUUUUUUUCAGGUGAUGGUGCUGCAAGAGAUGCUGAUGGGUUUAUAUGGAUUUUAGGACGUGUUGAUGAUGUUGUUAAUGUUUCAGGUCAUCGUUUAUCAACUGCAGAAAUUGAAGCUGCAUUAAUUGAAAAUCCAUUAGUUGGAGAAAGUGCCGUUGUUGGUUAUGCAGAUGAAUUAACUGGUCAAGCAGUUGCAGCAUUUGUUGCACUCAAGGAUAGAUCCAAAAUUGAAAAUGAAGCUGAUAUUUCAAAAGAAUUAAUUUUAACUGUUCGUAAAGAAAUUGGUCCAUUUGCUGCACCAAAAUUAAUUAUCUUGGUUGAUGAUUUACCAAAAACAAGAUCUGGGAAAUUAAUGAGAAGAAUUUUAAGAAAAAUUUUAGCUGGUGAAGAAGAUCAAUUAGGUGAUGUUAGUACUUUAUCAAAUCCUCAAGUUGUUGAAUCUUUAAUUAAAGCUGUUAAAAGUAGAGCAGCUUGA